GUGGGAAGUGCGCAUUCGGAGCGUAAGGCAAAUUCUACAAUGGGAAAAUCCUGAAAUCCAUUUCGUUCACAGCAUCCGCGACAACUGUGUUGUGCAAGUGGUGACGUCUCUUCUGCUCGAUUCACCCUGCUGUACUCCGACCAUCCUGACAAGAGGGUUGUAUAUUGAAUGUAUAACGGGGCGAGUUUUCGAAUUCCGCCAAAUAAAAUACGGCAUACGAGGCGAAUUCCGAACGUGGUGUUGUCCUGGUACCAUAGCCGAGGGUGUUAUGAAUCCUUUCAUUCCGUCAGUGAUUUUCAACGGAAAAGGACAAUCGUUUGUCGGAAUUUUUUAAGGAAUUUUCCUUUGCUCGAGGAAUAGUGUAGUAGGAAGCUUUCACCAGCUUUAAGUUUGGCCGCUCCUGGAAGUCACAAGCAUUUUCGCCAGUUUGUUCAGUGAAGAAAGAAUUUGCCUGAAGAGGAGGAAACAAAAAGGGGAGCGAAGUUGAAGCGGUGAUGAAUUGCAGUGUGUGAAAUGUUUUGUCAUAUUUCAAGUAUGGUGAAGUUUUGCGCGUUUUAGAGUUUUCAUGAAUGAAAAAACGGAGUGAAAACAGGAAGUUCUUAACGAAUCCGCCCUCGGCCAGUGCCGAUAGUGAAGCUGCGGUCAGGCAGCCGCGUUGUGAGAUGUGAUUCAAUGCAAUAAAGUAAAAGUAUUGUGAUACACCAAUAAGUGUUCAAAGGAUUGUAACCCCGGAAGUUUGGCUCUAUUUUCUCAUUAUUCUAUCGCUUGCGAAUCAACCGUAGAGACAAUGGAUAGUUCCCCGGAUUUAUCCCUCAAGUUGCGUCGGGGAUCAAGUGAUUCCCGUGACUCUUUCUACAUGGAUUUUGCUCAAGGAAUUGAUUCGGAUAUCGAGGAAGUAGAUACGACAGUAAUUCUCCCUCCACCAGUUAUCACCCCAGCCCAACACCCGGCACCACCACCACCCCCACCACCUCCUCCGCCGCCACUACCAUCGUUACCACCAGAAGAGCUGCCAUCAUUGCCGCCAUUACCCUUAACACCGGAAGAGUCGCCUGUAGCUCACCAAAAACAAGUUCCCCCUCCUCCACCGCCUCCUCCGCCACUACCCCCAGCUGUUCCAUCGGUUCCGCCAAUUUCGCCGCCAUCGGACAUUUCGCCCAUUGUGGCUUCUGAUGCCGAAACCAUGUCAAUGACGGCAACAGUAUCCCAAACAGCCCCACACCUCCCACCCACUGCGGCUCAUUUGACGGAUGCUACAACUCCUACAACCGAUGAGGACCUAAUUCAUACUUUGGAGGAUAUGUCCACAUUGGCGAUGCCACCACCCCCACCGCCAACUUCUUCGAUAUCCUACGAUGAAAGCACCGUCAUGGAUUUGCCAUCACACCAACACCCGCCGUCACCAAUAUCAUCAGCGAAUAUGCUUGUAUCCUCGGAAACAGUGAGCCAUAAUUCGUCGCCUGCCAAAUCGUCGCGUGUUCAUUCUGCGCAUUCGCAUCGAGUCACAAUUGAUGAAUCCAGAUUACCACUAUCAGCGUCAUCGACACAUCAUCAGCUGGUAGCCAUAGCCACCGGUACACCUUCGGCAGCAUCUUCACAGCAACACUUGGCCGGAUCCACCCUGCCGAGUGGACACUCGUCAGGACACUUAGCUCUUAUGUACCAUACACAUCAUCAUCAUCAUCUGAACUAUCCACUGCCGGUGGUGAGGCGACCUUCGCGAUUGCCAGAGCCAAGAUAUAGCAGCAUGAAGGAGAUUAAAGCAGGCGAUGCAUUGGCGACAACAUUUUCUGCACUUUAUGGUAAGCUUCUGGUAGUAAUGGGAAUUGCAUUUCCCAUGGCUGAAGUCAUAUCAACUUACAUUCCGCCUUCGUUCUAUGAGGGUUUCUACCUUUACCUGUACAUCGGCAGCAUGUUGUUUCUUUUCUUCAUGUACGCAACUCUGCUCUGGGGUCGUCCAAAAACUGUUUCGGCUGUGGGGAAAAAGUCAAAAAGACAGUCAAAACAAUCAUCCACAACUAGUGCCUCGGAUAGCAUGGAGGAGUCGGAUACAGAGAGUGGAUCCUGUGGCACAAAACAUGUUCCUAAUGUAGUAACGGCAAGGAGACCGUCGCUAUUGCAACCACUUGGCAGACAACACCAUUACGGAAGUUUUUAUUUGCGGAUGGGAGCUGUAGCUUUCGGAAUUGGCAGCAUGAUAUACUCGGGUCUGGAAUUUGGCCAAUACUUUGAACUGGAACGAGACACGAAAUGCCACAACGUCAUGUUGGCUCUAACUCCUGCAACACGUAUGGCCUUCAUAUUCAUUCAAAUGUACUUUAUAUUUUUGAAUAACGAGCAAAUUAAAGUUUACCGGCAUAAGAUCCUGGCACGCUUCGGCCUCAUGCAUAUGAUAGGGACCAACUUGUCCGUUUGGCUCAAUGUGCUGAUUCAGGAAACAAAGCAUGAAAUUCUGACGUUUUACAAUCCAGAGAACAGGACGUUGCGGAUAUCACAUAGACUGGGACAUCGGAUGCAAAAUCUGGAGCACUCAGCACACGCCCGCGUCACAAGAGGCCUUAAAGGACCCUACCAGAUAUUUGAAUGCCGAAGAACCAACAUCAUCGGGACGCUUGUUCAAGACGCUUCGCCAUUCCUUUUCCCAUGCACCAUUGAAUACUCACUAAUCUGUGCUGCAAUCCUGUACGUGAUGUGGCGGAGUAUAUCGCGUCCAGCAAGUCAGACUUUAGUCCGCCACGACAGUGGACUAUCUCCGUGCAAACGCUCACCUCAUCAUUAUUCCGUGGACUGUGCUCGAGCACAUAAAGGACUCUUCAUCGGAAUUUUAAUUUUAGUCCUUACAAUAAUCUCGUUAAUCCUUUUCUUCGUCUUGAUAUCACGCCCGGAAUUCGUGAGCUUAGCCGUGACUGAGGUGACAAUAUGCGAGCUCACGAUAUACGCGACAGCAACAAUAGCAACCCUCGUGGGUAUGGUGCAAGUGCGACACCUACAAUAUGACGCGGCAAGAAGUUUUCAGCUAGACGACAUCCUCCUGGUGGGCGCGCAGACGGGCUCCUUCUUAUACAGCACAUUCACAGUCAUCGGCGGCCACUUCACCUUACGAAAGGACACGGUCUUGGUUUUAGUCACUGCUCUGGCAUCUAUCGUUCAAACCGCAUGCCAAACGAUGUUUAUUCUGGAUGCCAGCCGGAGACAAGCCGUCAGUCCGGAGCAUAUCAGGAAGAAACCAGGACGAGAAAUAGUAACCUUCAUGCUAGUCGCUAAUCUGGCAAUGUGGGCUAUUAGUACGUUAGAGAAAUCGCGGGCAGAAAGUCACCCCAUUCAACUGAAUUUCUAUGGAUUAUGGGCUUGGACCAUUAUCACGCACGUGUCCAUGCCGUUAGCCAUCUUCUACAGAUUCCAUAGUACCGUGUGUCUCUGUGAGAUAUGGAAGCGCGCGUAUAAAUUGAAACCCGCCUACAUGUGAGAAUGACAGGGGAGGAAGGAGCGAAUGUUACCGACUUAUAGGUGUUGAAUAGUUUUUUAUGUAUUGUACACUCUUGAAUACUCGAUUAUGCUCAGCAACUUAUGAAGUCCUUGUGUCCUUGUGUAUUUUCAAGAAAGUGGGAUGACAGGAGCUCUAAACUUAAAGGGUUUCGCUCAAGAAUUUCAGAUGCAUAGGUACACAUGCAUAUAUGGAUGGAAAGGUAUUCAACGAAGAACGCACCUUUCAUCCUUGCGAAGUAAACACCAAAAUAUCAUUAACGUGGCUAAUCAAGUAUUCAAAACUGUAUCCACAGGUUGUUAGUUCUAUGUACAAAACACUAGCAAUAUUAUUUGUAUGUUUAUAUAGUCUUCCCCUGUAAAUAGAGAUAUGUAUGCAUACAGUUUGCUACACCAUGCGGUGAUUAGAGUCCUACUAAGCCGGUUCCGUGUAUGAUGCAAGCAGGCUUUAUCCUCAGAAUCCUUUUAUCAUAUAUGGCAUCCAUUAUGAGGGUGCGGGAAUAAUGAUUUGCGAAAUCUGCUCUACGGUAAUUACAUAGAUCCUGCAGCAUGAUGCGGUCUUUUGUUAUUUUAGGGGUGGAAUGACAGAAAGGAAAGUUGCCGACAAUUCAUAUGCCCCGGAUCGGAAUGCCUACAAUGUCGGUGAUGCUUUGUGCUCGACAAACUUGCAGGAAAAUAUUUAUAGUUCCCAGAAAUGUUUGGAAGCAGGAGUAUCAAUUUUUGGAUGACAUUAUACUGAGCGCAAAUUAGGGGCAAUUUAUACAUGUAAAACCGUAUAUUGUGAUCCUUAAUCUGUACUAUUUACAUACACGCAUUUAAACCUUCAGCAGGAAGGAGUCAAUAUGUAGUAUUACAUUUGGAAAUGACAACCCCUAGCCGUAAAUUAUUUUAUGCUAAUAUUUGGUGAUUAAAAUCCUUUCAGUUUUGACAAUUAGAUCUGAAUUUUAAUAGUUUAACCAUAUCGUGAUACUUUUUGAACAAAGCGAAUAAUCUAGAACUUUACUAUGAUAAUUUGGGUAUUAUUCUAUUAAAGAACUGCAAUUUAAUCGCGAUAAAAUUAAUUGAGAUAUUCAUGACGCUUAUAGAAAUCUUACAUUGUCGAAGUCUCCUACUACACCAGUAUUACCCAAUGUAAUGUGAUAAUUUUAACUUACUUUUUAACUUUAACUUAUGUAGAUCUUGUAAGUCACCAUCCCGAAGAUCCCAAUUAGUGUUGUGAUGCGCGAUUUGGAUGUAAAAUCCUCCUUGACUUAACGCAGGUAAUAAGGCUUCACCAUUUGGAAUCAGCCCGGCCUUUUGGUUCGCUGGCUUAUUUCUCUCUGUGUUCGUAUGAGACUAUUCAGCGGGUCCACGCUUCUCCACCACUGCCGGGACUUAAUACAAAGCCUUACUAGUCGCUUUACUGUCGAUCAGAAUAACUAUGGUGCGUUUAGCAACCCGGGGAUAGCCCAUCUACCGACAGGCCUCGAGAGUAACUUCGCCUAGGAUAUUACUAUACCCUUAGGACUUAACUGUUUAACAUCCUGAUUCACAAAGUUUAACAACACUGUACGAUGCAGCGUGUUUAAUAUAUAGGUCUAGGGGAGGAAGGUGUAGAAGUAGAUGUACAUUAGGGCAUUGGCAAGACAGGAUUGCAGAGCACAGUAGUACCCGGGCAUUCAAAUCUUUGGAUUCUGUUAAGCUUGGUUCCAUUGCGUUUCGUACCGACCAAAAUAGAACCGCACCUUUGAAUGGGAUAAACCAUGGUCGUGUACAUCAAAACAACAAUCUUCGGCCGGAAUUCCCCUGAGAGUCCAGCUUCCAAUUUAAUUUAAGGUCCUGGAUCACCUUUACCCAUUUACUCGCAGAACCUGAAAUUCGGGUACUCUUGUCACUAGCUCUAUUUUGGUUAGAUCUUUUGCCGAGUCUACAUCUUGCAACCCUUGAAUACACCUUUCCAUCGAUAUACGCCACCCCGUUCACUCUACUCCUGUCCAUGGAUAUUGGAAUUUGUAUUCAUUGCGAUCAACCCGAGCACCGGAGAUAUGAAGCCACCUUGAGACGUUCCUCUACUCACAGCUCUGGUCAAGUGGCUACCUAACUUUAACUUUGACUCAAUAAAAUUGGUAAUGUUCCCUUGUUGUUAAUGCACUCGCAAUGAGCAAUAUCCAAACCAGUUACCGAUCAUUAACACAGUACGAGAUAGAGUGUGACAACGAAAGUCAUCACUAGCAAUGACAGAGCAAUCGACGUCCAGCUGUCGCUUUCCAGUUUCCGCAAUCUGAUAUAUUUCGAUUAUUUUCCUCAAUUGUAUUUGCUCAUCGCUUUCUAAUUCACCUGGUAGGUGCUUUUUCAGCAGUACACGUUUCAAUAUGCGAUGGGGUUGUCAAUUGGCCUCCAGCCAUUCAAAGUGCAUGGCCCAUGGGAGAUUUCUCCCCUUCGCAACAGCACCACCACUGAUACAACUGCGUGUGAAAGUUCGCCAAUGCGUCUCUUUUUAGGGGUUAGCCUAAGAACAAACUCGAUUUAUUAACUGUAUUUCCUUUUAAGGAGGUUAAAAUUUUCAAACGAUACCCGUAUCAGUCCCUACUAUUCCUUUUCUUCAUUGAAAUUUAUAUGCCAGACCCCUGACAAAACUUUCGGCCAGGAAGAAAGGAAAAACCUACGUUACUACCCCCGCGCGGCAGUGGUUCUUGACCUCUUUCGCCUUUCUCAAUUUAUGCAGCAGAAAUCACGUUGAUCGUGGGGCGUUGGUAUCUCGGCACAAGAUUUUUCGGUACCAAAACCUCCUCUAAAUCUUCCCCCUUGUUCGCAAACCUCGAACAGAGAGAAAAUAUACAAAGAGACGCCAUCACAGUUUGAACAACCAGCUGAAUUUUCCAAUUUAAACUUGUGGAAGCGCGGGUGAUAACCGUGUGAAGCUGAAUUGAAACCUCCGUGCUUCUCCAUUUUGAUUUUAUGCAGUUCCGAAAUUUCAAACGUUUUAAUUCGCCCUUCACAAGGUGUAGCAUGCUUGUCUGACCAAGUCACUUAGGAUUUUCACCGGCGUUGAUUCCCGCAUUCCAAGUACUGGCUUUAGUAAAACAAAUGCUGACUGGGAUCCUUUUAUGAUAAUAGUAUGCUCGGCAUCACUGCUGUCAAUACUUUUACAUUCUGCUGUGUACUUCAGCGUUAAUUUAUUUGGAGUUGUUAGGGUUUUGAGGUUUCGCUAGCAUUUCCGCACAAUUGCGGGUCUACGAUUCUCUGAUCCAAAAUCUUCUUCUGCUUCAGAAGCGGAGUCGAUUACACCAUUUUAGUUGGUUAAUGGCCUAAUCUGCUGCUCGACGCAAACGGAGCGACAUGCAAAAUAACACUAUAAAGGAAAGGCGAAACUUAUCAACAGUACAUUAACACGAACUAUCAAAGUGAAGAACAAAUACGAUGUACUAAAGCAGAAAGUCAGCACAUUGCUUCGACUUAAAAAGAAGCAUUUAAAGCCAUAAAAAUAACCAUCUUUGGGGGACUUCCAGCAAAAACUAGUCUCUGCGUAGACAAGGAAGGAACCGCAGUCAAGAGUGAUUUGAUCAACGAAGGACGAAUGUCCUACUUUUUGAAACUUUGUUGUUAAAAAUCUGAAAUUAAACAUAGCAUGGAACAUUGACAUCAUACAACCUUCAUUUCUGAAAAGUUGAAGUAGCUGUCUGGUAAAGCCACAUGCUGAUCCACAAAUAUAGACUGAAGAGAAACUACCAGAUGACGGCAGAACAAGCUCUCAGAGUGUUUGCACGAAUUUUGUUAUAAUGAGUCUACCAAGAAAGGUCAGCCGAUUUGCUUAUAAGGUAUGAACUUAGCUCAUGCUCGCCCUGCCAUUGCUAGGCUCUCUCUGUCUGCAUGCCAUCGGUAUGUUACAAAGUGUAACAGUGACUCUAUUUAUUUCGAUUAAUUACUGAUCUUAAUUAGAAUUCCCUACUGUAAAGGUGCAUGGUAUAAAAGGAAUUGACUGAUUUUCUGUCGUCUUAGUCCCCCCAGCUAUGAAGAAUUGUCAAACUUCUGUUUUGGAAAGAGAUUUACGUAGUCUAUUUCGCUAUUAAAGCCUAUCAAAAUUGAACUUUCCUCCCCUGGGGAAAUCACCCAAACCACAAUGCAGUGAAUUACGUACAAAUCAUAGAUAAAUUCAACCAUUUUCACUAGACAACUUUUACGACCAUAUCUAGUGCGCAUCGCCGAAGUUGAAGCUUGCCUAAAUUUAAUGAAACAUUCCGUACAAUUUCGCCAGAAAUACGCCUACUUCCCUUGGCCGUCUAUACCUAUGUAGGAUUGCAGAAGCUUUGCUUUAUAUACACACUUCGUUGUCUAUUUUAGCAUAGGAAUGUUAUGCAACUAAAGGCAUCCGCUUGGACCAAUGGGCUCUUGAUCCACCCCAAAUUCGCGAAAUUUAAUACAUAAUUUACUUCCAACAAUGUAACACCACAACAGUAAUUGUAAGGCAGCACAUCUUAGAUUGGCUUCAACAUCACGUCUAAGAAUUCGACCGCAAAAUGGGUUCAUCAAAAGCAAAAUAGGACAUUUCAAUAUUCUGUUGCUUGUUUUGAAAUUCCAAUAGAACAAUUGUUCGUGCUGUUGACAGUGAACUCAAGUUCUCCAUUGGAAAUGUCAUGUUGCAUGGCCGAUUCUCCCGCAAUCAUCACAGCUUCCUCUUUAUUUACCACAGAUGUAACGGACAUCUUAUGCUCUUUUGGAUUUGAUACUCCCUUCCUACGGUGAAGAGUACUACCAUUAUCAUGAGAAAAGGAUACGGAUGUGCUGUUUGCUCUGUUAGCUUCCUGAACACUGUCCAACCAUAAAAGUCUUCGAACCAUUCCCGCUUACUAGUCCGUAUGGCCUGCGAAAUAUUCGGACAUCCUUCUUAUUUGGCAUAAAAGUCUGAUCGUCCCCUGGGCAACCAUUGAGCCUAAAUCACAUUCCUCGUAGCAAGCAUCACAUUCUGUUAGUUGACAAGAUGGGUUGCAGGAGGAAUUUUGCAUCUCGAUGGGGUUGAAGUUCCCAUAAUAUUGUCGCCACAAGUUUUGUACCUAAAUCCACUACGGCUUUCCCAGAUGCCUUGUAUCUCGGGCACAAUGGAGUUCAAACUAUGUAAAAGUACACCAUUUUACACUUUGCUCAAUGACCACUACUCCCAAAGUCCCUUUAUUUUUUAAUAGGCAGGACCUAACCAAUUUAAUUGCUUGGCUGUUACUGCUUCAGCCAAACUAAAUUCACGGCAUCUGACAUAUAUUUUGCGAAUGGUCUUCUCUCUGAACUGCAAAACCAAACAUUGGCUGCAUCAGCAAUUUGCGAGCUAUAUUGUCGCAAACCUAAGGUUGUUGUCUGUACGCUCUAUAUGCCUUCCUGGGCUGAAUUAAACGAACUGUUUUAGAGCCUGGUGGAUGUUUUCUUCAUCUAUCAUUAUAAAGCCUCGGGUUACCUUUUUCUUCAGCGUGAUCUUGUUUCACGCCUUCUCGCUUCUGUUCAGUAGUCUUCACCCCGGAGGGAUAAUUUUUCUUCAUUUGAGGUGCUGAAAGAUUUGUCUUCUAUCUCUGUUCGUUUCUAAGAAUUAGAGGAGGAUCACUUCGUCUCCUACAAGAUAUUUCAUUAUUUUAUGAAUUCAACUAACACAGCUAAACUUUUUUCCGCCGAAGCAAAGCGAAAAAUGUUUCCUCCGUGUUCGAACUUUGAUCUUUCCUUUGGGAUCACUUUUUCGCACUUCAUUAUACGGAAGAUUUUAUUAGAGCUUGUCUGACCUCCACCUUUCGCCGGUCAAGUUACUAUAUAUCCAUUUUGGUCAAGGCACAGGAAAUGUGUCAGUAUCUGACAAUACUUACGGUACCACAAGUGAAUGUCCACUUAUUCACAUAUCAAUAGGUCUGCCAUCUAGAGUGACACCUCCCCCGUCAUAGCAAAUAUUCGCAAGGAGGUCUAUCUGUCCGAUCCUUUGUCUUUUUUGCAUGCACAUUUUAUUCGUUAUGGGGUUGCAAUGUGCGGUGUAUGUCGAAGGUUUCAAUGUGAAACGGAACAGAAAUAGUUGUUCUCAGUAUCUUAGGCCGCACUCUUUGAAGAAUUUCAAUAUUUGAUGUGCGAGCAGAACCUUAAGUUUAUGUACCUAAAGGUUUCGAGCAUUAGCAUUCGAAUUUAUGCAUAGAAUGGUCGUAUCAAGUAAACUAGAAGGCGGAGCACACUCCGUUAAUGUCGGAUUCUUAUGAGGUGAACACUUUUUGUUUAAUAACAAAUUCUGUGUCAUACUACUCGAGUACUUUAUAGAUAUUGGUGGACAGCAUGCGUGACGUCAAGUAAUAUGCCGAGAAAUAGUUUUUAUUUGACAAAGGGCAAUUUAUCUUGAAGGCCAAUCGAUGAGAUUGUCCGACAGUUCGUGUUUUCUCGUGAACUGAUUCUAUAUCGUAACAUCAACUUAUGUGGGAGAAUCGUCUAGUAUGGUACGCCUUUUUUUUCACAGCUCCUGGGGUGUCCCAUCAAUGGCAGGCGGUUUGUUAUCCCUCUAACCGUGUAACGAUGCUUCAAUCUCACGUAAUGAUGGUGACCGUAAUUGAAUCUCCCUAGCUUCAAAAGUUUCUGGGAUGACGGUUUGGGUGUAUCUACCUGAUGGGGUGGAACCCAGUAAUUCUUUCAACUGUUGAAUCCAUUUUGUCUUGAUAUCGUGUGCAUUACUGAUAAUGCCUCCUUCUUUGUCUCUGUAGGAGUGUGUCGCUUCUAGCCUUAUCUCAAAUGUUCCACUAUCAUAUACCUACAUACAUCAUUCUUCAUCAUGCUCUCGUGUGCACAUCUUAUGCGCCAUAAGCUGCCAUAUCUCCUUUCUUCGCUCGGGUUGGUCGUUCAAUAUAUUGUUUCCAUCAUUUAUAGCAUUGAUACAUUUCCAUGAAACUCAUUAUUUCUUCACCUAUUGACAAAUCCUACGAUCUCCACCGCUAUUGAUCUUACGCCGUAUUCCAUAAGGACCAACAAUUGUUCCACUGGAAUUGUGCGUCUUGCGUAUAUUCUGUUCCUGUGGAGUUGUUUCUUAUAUUGUCCAUUUCGAGCCGUCACUUCCUGCUUUUCUUAUACUUGGCACGUUUCGCUAAGUGAGAGCGAUAUUUUGGCCUUAUUGGUGGUCUGAAUCGACGUUCAUCUCAGAAAAAGUUUUGGAGGCCUGAAAAACAACAAGUUCGUUAUCCACUUGGCUGAAGGUGCAAUCAUUUGUUGAUAACCAAGUCCGAUUUUGAGUGCAUCUUAUAAGGAAAUAGUCAAUUUACGUUUUACUAUUCCCACUACAAAAUGAAACAAUCGGUUAAUAACCCAUGCAUACAAGUACAGGGUCGUGAGCGUCCGCAAAAUCAGCUAUACGCUCGUCACUCUCAAUCUCCAAACCCUUUUCCUCCAUGGCAUCUGCUGCCGUUUGCCUUUUUUCCCACAUGACCAUUAAAGUCAUUCGCAAUGAUGAUAUAGUCAUCAGCAGAGAUACAAAUCUUUGCAUCGAGAAGUAACCAGAAGAUAUCUUUCUAGGCAUCAGGUUAACCAGUCUUUGGUGCAUAUGCGAUAAAAAAGUGAAUCAUGAGCUAAUAUAAUGGUGCGUUUCCUCAUUCUCAUCAAAUCGAUAGACUUAUUUAAUACUCACAUCACAGAAACCUUCUGAGAUCGCAUUCCCAACAUCAUAUUGAGUCCGUGGGCUACCAAAAGAAAGAGGUUUAAAGCCAUUUUUACCACGUUCGCGUUCUAAGUCGCAGCUUUUGGCAACGCAUCAAUGAGUUUCUUGUAGAGCGCAAAUAUUAAUGCGUCUUUCACGAUGAACUCUUGCGAGUUCAUUCGCCUUUUCAGUGCGGGUGUCAAUAUUUAGCGUGCAGACAAGUAUUUUUUGGCUCAGAGUAAUUUACUUGUGUCCUGACCGCGUCCAUGCGUGAAAAAUCCUUGUCGAUUUCUCGACAGGACGAGAGCCCGUCAUGCCACGUUGACUGAGAUGAACGUCCUAGGACUCCAAGGUUUUGGAUAUCUCAGUACGAUCAUUUUCCUUGGUCGGCCUGUGGCGGGACCUGUCACCAAGACGGGUCUGAUAGGAUUUUACAUAGUGGAGUAACUUCAACUAUACUUUUUUAUCUUUCUCACUGAUCUCAGCAUUUAUUUUUGUUUUACUGAAGGUAAAAGAAAGUCUAGAUAUCGCCAGUGCUACUUAUAAUGUUAUCUUCUUUGUUUCUAGAGAAGUGAGUACAUGGCUUGUAUCCUUGUACCUCCGUACGUCAUUCGUUGUUAUACAAUCGUGGAUUGUUCUCCUUAUUAUAUCUUCUUCGCUUUCACCUGUACAGUUUAUUUGAAAGUCUCCACAUUUUUCUUUCUUCGCUCGAGUUGGCUCUCCUACAUAUUUUUUGUAUACAUAGUUUUUCUUACUUCCUACAUUGCAUUAGUAAAUCGUCGUCAUACCAGAUACUUCGUCGUCUAUUGGCGAGAAUGCUAAGGCCUUUACGCGCAACUGCAUUUAGACCAUUUUUGAUAUGCGUUCAUAACUGUUUCACUCAAAUUCCUGUGUCUCCUAAGGAGAUAUUAUUGAUGCAUAUUCCAAGUUAUUCUUUAAAUUGUCCGCUUCAAGCUUUCGUAUCCUGUUUUUCUUAUGGUUGAUACGUUUUGCUAUGCAGUAACGAUAUUUUCCCAUUGUAAGAUAGCGACCAGAGUUCCAGUUUGCCUCACGAAUAUGUCUCACGCCCAAUUUGGUAGACUUUUUCUCAAUUAAAAGGCAAUCUGGUCAUUUGCUUGAAGGCACAACUAUGCUGUUAGUAAAGUCAACUUACUACUGACCAUUGUCAUUAUUUAUUUCUUAGAGACUCUGCCUCUCUACUACGUGUCUAUACGUCCUCGUCUUCACCCUCACCAGUAUCAACUUUAUAUCGUUCGAGGGUAAUGCAUCGUACGCCCUUCCUAGGGUACUGCAAUAUUCAUCCUUUUCGUUCUUAUUUUCAGUUGGUACGUGAUUGUGGACAAUGAACACUACCGCAAGCGCAUAGCUUUCCUAGUGUGAUGACAACUAGCGAGAGUACAUAUGUUAUUAAUUAUGUAUGCAAGCCAUUUCGUUCCUUGUGUCGCCAAGAUGUUGAUGUUAUGUUCCGAAACUUUCUGGAGAAAUUCCCUGAAUGCACCUUUUUUGCUGAGCGUUCACAUUCAAACAUCUAAUAGAAUAGUCAUUCGAAGAUCUAAUAGAAUAGUCCAUUUUCUACUCCGAUUGCAAAACUUUAUGGUUUUCUCACGGAACGUGUGAUUAAUCCCUCGCCAAACCCUGAUCCAAGAGAGCCCCAGUUUCCUCUAUAUAUAUCGUAGUGAUAUAUCUUAACUUUCAUUUAAGGACCCUUGUCCCCGGCGUGGUGUAGCACUUUUUUUGGUAGAUAUAGCAUUUGAUAUAAUAUAUAAACCUUUUAUAAACUAUUUACAACAGUCAUAUACAAACAUGUACAUCACCUCAGACAUAUUAUAACGAAGAAGACUUGUAAUCAAAAUAAACUAAAAAUAACAAUUUACGAUCAAAGCAAAUGUAACUCAAAUUAGCAUAAAUUAAAUAGUUAGUAUCAGAACGAUUAUCAUAAAUUUAUAUACAAACAAGAAAAAAUUAAAUCAAGUACAAUAUUUUCAUGUAAUUUUUUAUAUUGAAUGCAGAUCUAUUGGAAUUUCCGUUUUUUAAGAAUAUUCGAAGAUAUUCCCACCAGUUUUUUACAAAAUCCGCUAAAAUAGACGUGUAAAUCGGGAUCAACACAUUUCAAAAUGAAUUAAAUAAUAAUUGACUUUAUAGGAACCACGAAGUACAUAUUUAUAAAGAUAUGCUUUUUGUAUUGUAUCUCAAACUUUUAUACAUUUGAUAUACAUUAUGGAUUUUUGCUACAAUGAACAAACAACAUAACAAUAAAGACGUUUUCGCAAGCAUAUAGUGUUAAAUACAUUUGUAAGGAAUAUAUACAAACAAAAUUAUUUCCUAUAGUAUUGCCACUCGAAUAAAAACAAUUGACAAAAUCAAAAUAUUCAACCCAAACAUAUCCUUUAAACGAAAAUAAACGUUCUCACUUUAUACCCCAGCAUGAAGUCUUUUAGCAAUCGCAAUUAAUGCUGAUAUUUCUGAAAAUAAUAUAGAAAUUUUACGGUCCAUUAAUUAAGCUUCAGGCGCUCAUCUACUCAAAUGUAUCUAUUGCCAAAAGGCGAAUGUGUUGUAUAUAUGUUUGUCCUACCCAAGAAGAUUAUGCGCUGGAAAGGCAUAAUUUUCAGGAGUAUCUAUGUGAAGAUGUAAGUAGACUAAGCGGGAUACUGGCGUGUAUGUAUGUUUUCGAUGUAACUCGACUUUAGCUAAGGAUAGAGAGAAUUCAGCGAAAUGUUAUUUACUUGUUAGAAGUCUGGUACUAUUUAUCUAAGUUAAAGUUUUUUAAGUUUAGCGUUAAGUUAUCAAUUAGUCAUUCAAUAUUCGUAAAACAAAUUUACAAUAUGGUCACUAUAUUUAUUUUUACUUUGUUAAAUACGAAGUGUUUGAAUUAGUCCCACAUAUACGAAAUUCAGUGCCAUUUUGUCAUUAAAUACUCGAUUGGCGAAUUAACUCCAAAGUGGCAAAUCAGAAAAGGUUGGGAUGAUUUUUGGAGAAAAAGGUCAAAGUUCAGAACGGAUACCAGCGCGUAGUUGAUGUGUUUUAUAAAUUCAACUCUCUACUUUGCAUCCCUUAAUUAAAAUUUCAGAUUUAUCCACAGUUAGUCAUGUCCUAAUUUAUUUAUUUACUUUCCUGCAAACAAAGAGUACCAACUUAACUUGACCGCCGUUGACUUUUUGAUAAAAAUUUAUUCAACAUAUUUGAAAACUGUUCCUCUGAAUUUUGUCCCGACAGAUAAAUAUCUAGAAUCAAAUUGUGUGAUCACUAACGGAAAAACUUUGUGAUAUGAAAUAACAACCCAACAUAUAAGAGUCUAAUUAUAACUACAAAAUGAUCCGAUUGGUUUUAAUAAGAUAAAUUGCUUUGCUUUUUGCAUAUUUCGCUAUAGAAUACUCGAAAAUUUUAAUGCUUGUUUUAUGUAAUUAUAGAUUACAAUUUAAUAUUACAAUUCGUUUUGCAUUUAUUGACGUUGAUAGUAGCAGCAAUUGCAUUUUAUUGUGAACGAUUUUAUUAAUGUAUUUAAUUAUGAAUUAAAUAAAAUUAAAAAUUUAAGAUGAAUACGGAAUAUAGUAUAUGAUAAAGUAAUUUUAAGAGAUCGAAAUUGCCAAAAAUUUAAUUAUAGAAUCAAAUA